CUCUUUCUCUCACCUAAUUUAUUCUUCUUCUUCUUGUCCCCCUCCACUUUUUUUCUUCACCAAACACUUAUAGAGUUGCAUCUUUCACAUCUCUACCCUCAAUGGGAACAAAUACCCCAUCCUGAAUUACUCCCCCCCAACAUAGAGAAACAGUUUUUACCCGAGUUUUUUGUGUCCCCUGUUUCUUCUGUUCAACCCUCUGUUUUCAUCUGUUCAUCGAUAUAUUUCUUGGUUCUCUUCAUUUCUCGCUUCUCUUCAUUUCUUGUUUAUUUAUUUCUUUACUCUUGUUUAUGCCUAUGGUAGAGUUGAUUCAGAAUUUUAAAUGGGGAGAGCAACCGUAGCUGAUAUAAAGGGCAAAGGUUUUAGUGAAUUGGAUAAGGACACAAAAGCGAACAAAGUUCCCGAUACCAAUAAAAUUAGAAACACUACUUCUUCAGAUAGCCGAGGAAAGAAGAGCAGGCGGCGACAAAGGAAGAUGAUGGCGUUGCCUGCGUCUGCGGUGGUGCAUCCGAUUCAAAGGCUUUUCAAUGCUUGCAAGGACGUUUUCGCCUCUGCCCGGACUGGAUUUGUCCCUUCUCCCGAUGAAAUUGAACUGCUUAGCGCUCUUUUGGAUGAAAUUCGGCCAGCUGAUGUUGGUCUUACGCCAGGGAUGCCGUUUUUCAGUCCGCAAGCAACUCGACUAGCUCCGACGAUAACAUACCUGCAUAUCCACGAGUGCGAGAGGUUUUCAAUUGGCAUCUUUUGCUUGCCUUCAUCCGGUGUCCUUCCGCUUCACAAUCACCCUGGAAUGACGGUUUUCAGUAAGCUUCUCUUUGGGACUAUGCACAUCAAAUCAUAUGAUUGGUUUGUCCCUACCACAUCAGCUGUUGUGGAUCCUUCCCAAACUCAACAUCCGGAAGUCCGGUUGGCUAAGGUUAAGGUGGAUUCCGACUUGACUGCGCCUUGCAAGACCUCCAUACUUUAUCCAGCUGAUGGAGGCAACAUGCAUUGCUUCACUGCUGUGACAGCUUGUGCUGUGUUGGAUGUUCUAGGCCCUCCGUAUUCGGAUCUCGAAGGACGGCAUUGUACGUACUACUCCGACUACCCAUUCACGAGAUUCCCAGCUGAUGAGCAGGUAUUAAUACCAGAAGAAGAGAAAGAGAAGGUAGCUUGGCUUCAAAAGAGGGACAAACCUGAGGAUUUGGUGGUUGUUGGAGCUCCAUAUACUGGUCCCGAAAUUAUGGAAGGAUAAUCUCAAAGCCCUCAUCACAUCUCUUGUAAUACCCCACAAAAAAAAAUCAUUUUCUUAUCCUUGUUGUCCUGUCAGUGGCUGCUGUUUCAGCUUUAGAAACUUCUAUUUUCCUUGUUUUUUCCAUCCCCUCCUAGUAGGACAUGUGUAUUUUUUUUCUUUUCUUAAAGUUUUAUUUUUUGUAUAUAAAAGGGAAAAAAAGGCGGCAAAACUGUUGUGAGUGCACCGGAUGAAGUUUGUAGGUGAAUGAAAAAAAUGUUAAAAAGUGCACUGUUAUAUCA